AUGACCUGCCAAUCUCUUACUUUUCUGGACCAAAUAAUCUACAUGUUUAUCACUCACUUCGUUAUGUUUUGUGUGUUUGCAAUAUUACUACUUCCAGUAAUAGUCCCAAUCCUGACAUUUGUAACGGUUCCUGUUUUAGGACCGUUGGCUCCCUGGAAUUCCAUCUGGUAUGGUAUCAACCUGGUAAAUAUACUAUCCUGCUCUCAAUCUAUAGUUGGGAGAAGAGAUGUGUCCUUUGAUAUUUUAAAGAAUACAUUUCAUCUUAAAGGUGAAGAUGCUCAAGUUGUUUACGCAGAGACUACUCUGGUUUUCCCCAUGGUAGUAGAAACAAGAACCAUUUUUACCCGAUAUUGUCGAAUCAGAUUUUGGGUUUGUAGAGUUCCAGAGGCAAUCUGCAAAUCUUUACUCUUUUCUUCCAAGUUACUAUUAUUGCAAGGUAUUAUGCUAAUUCCAUUUGUUGGAAUAUUUCUCUUUAUGGGGUUGACAGCUGCAAGACAUGGAUUUUCGUAUUCAUUCCCAUAUUUUUGGGAGUUGAGAAAGGUAAACUCAAAUGAAAGAAGAAAAAUAUUUUAUGGUCAUUAUGGUAAGUGGUUUUGGUUUGGGGUAUCAUGUUACAUUUGCGAAUUUAUACCCAUCUUUUCAACUUUGUCCAUCACUUCAAAUUCAGUCGGUUGCUGUUUGCUACAACUUGACCUACAGCUGGAUAUGAAAGACAAAUGA